AACGCUGGUGCGAACGGAGGUGGCGAAAGCAAAUCAUUGACUGGAUUGUGCUGCUUCGAAUCGCUCUAGAAUUCGAUGCCGUCCGUGCUGAACGAAUGGUAUGAAGACCGAACUUAGAUCGUUCUAUCGGAGGGCCGUCUAAAGUGUCGAGUGGCACUUGGCGUCGUCAUCCAAACGUCGUUCUAUUUCCCUCUCGUGAUAGCAGGAGCCGCGCCAUGCAGCGUAGCGAAGCGUGGACGACCACUGGCACCGGCUACGAGCCUCGCAGUACCACAUCCAACGCUACUGGCCGUCCGGACUUGCGGUGGGGUCGUCUGACGUUCGCUCAAUUGAGGGACGAGGAGUUCCUGGCCAAACAACUGAGACGGAUCGAAAUCACUCAAGGAGCCCGUCGACCAGGUAGAUCAGCACAAACUGAAGCCGUGACCUUGAACGGGUUAGCGCCGGACAAGACCAUCCGUCAACGGUUGCUGGCAGCACAGACGAAAGCAGCUCGUGGCGCAUCGGAAGACGAAGAAUUCGACGCGAAAGAGGAGACGACGAUGGACGUGACCACCGACAAUGAAGACAGGAACGAACGGGAGCUCACGAACGCUCUGUGUGUGCUCGGACGCCUGCAACAGCCUGAACUGGCUGUCUUCAUGGUUACCAAGCUGAAACAGGCACUUGGACGGGUCUGUGCGUUCCCUAAUCCAGUCUACCAGGCGAUCGCCUUGCGACGACACUUGAUGAAGAGUAUGCACGAGGCGGUUGCAGCUCAACAUCGACACUGGAAAGCUGCAGUUCAAGUGAACUUAUCCAUCGCCAAGUGCAUGGAAAACAGUCUGGUACGAUUAGAGGUUCCUUCAGAGGACCCGGUCGGGCUUUCUGCUUCGCUCAAACCCAAGGAAAAAGUGACGAGCGAAGCAGCACUGGGGAUUCAAGUGUUGGUGUGCUUACUCAACGACUUACACGAUGCUACGGUGGCUACACUCCCUCAGAGACGAGAGUUUCUAGAGGAUCUUCUGCCAUUGCUGUGUACCAUGGGCUUUCUCGCACUCUGUCCGAGACGAAACAUUGGCAAUUCAUCAGGAGUUCGAGGAUCUGUACGCUCAUCAUCACUAGACACAGACAUCGCAGAGUUCAGUGAGAAGAUCCAGCGCUUCCUUCUAGAUAUGUGCCCACGUCCUAUUACUCUCCCGUCUACAUCACCAAAGCUACCAGCAAUCUCAUGUGGACAUAGUGAACAGGAUGUGAUUGAUCGUACCAAUGCAGUAAAUGGUUUGAUCCAUCUUGCAGCAGCAACUGGCUCAACACGGGACUUUUUAAUGGUAUUACGAGUUCUUCUCGGCGUUAACGACUACGUGUCAGAUAUGAUGAAAGACCAACGACUUUCGUCACGUUCGCUACUCACUUCAUCCGUUCCAUCCCUCACAACCGUGUGUACGGAAGAGCUGCUCCCUCCACUAGUUAAUACUGGUCGUGACGAUGAAUUGAUGCGCGCUACCCGUCCGGACUCCAGUAAGUCACACACCGGAAGCCCACGUAGCAAGCGAGAGACUGAAAUUCUUGGAGAUAGCGCAAUUCAAGACACAUUUAAGAAAAAAAUGCUACCCAAAGGGAUCAAGGCGAUAAAUUCGACUGCAACAGUGAACCUCGCUAUGCAUCAUCGACUACUGUACAGUAGCCCCGGUAACAACCUCGUAACGAAGCAAAGAACGAAAGAUGAGCUGAAGGACGCACUGUUAAUGAACGCGAGUCUAUCGCUGGAUAUGUCUAAGAUGAAGGAGACACUGACUCGAGAUUCAAUUGUGACGACUCGAAGCGAGACUGCAGUCGUCACUGCGCGGUGUCCGAAGUUUAAAACUCUCAACAUCCAGUCGGUUCUUAUUGAACUGGAUCGGGUCAAGCCUUGUGUACUGACACAAGGGAAGUUAACCAGCUCGUCUUCUAAUGACAGUACGGUAUUUACCGAAGACGAAGGAGAACGAGAAGUGUGGAGUUGCGGACAGAAUUCGUACGGAGAGCUCGGACAUGGAGACACGACGUCGCGUAAAUCUUUCGAGCGGAUCACGUCACUCCAGCUGAAGGAAAUCGUUCAAAUUGGCGCUGGGAAUGAACAUACGAUCGCUUUGACAGCCGAUGGGAAGGUUCUGACCUGUGGGUAUAACGAUAAUGGCCAAUGUGGCCAAGGAGGGACUGCGCGAGUGAGUCAUUUAAGCGAAAUCCCGAAGAUGGAAAGCAGUAUUUCACAAGUUCACGCGUACAAUGGAUGCGAACAUACAAUUCUAAUCACAAUGGAUGGUCGAGCAGCGACCUGUGGAUACAAUUAUCGUGGCCAAUUGGGUCAUGGAAAUACGACGAGUGAGAGUGUUCCGAAGAUAAUCCGGAGUCUGGAAAGUAAAAUAGUGCGACUAGUAUCGUGUAGUUAUUACCACACUGUCAUGGCGUGUGAAGACGGGAAUCAGCAGCAUUUGUACACAUUUGGACGGAAUGACUAUGGACAAUUGGGACACAAUGACUCAAUUGAUCGUAAAACCCCUCAACAGGUCGAAGCUUUGAGCGACCAACAAAUAGUCUCAGUAGCCUGUGGCCAAUACCACACGAUGGUGGUCUCAGCUACCGGUAAAGCGUUUGCGUUUGGUAAGAAUGACUAUGGACAAUUAGGGAUUGAGUCGAUGGAGAACCAACUGGUUCCAGUGCAGGUACGAGGUGGACUGGAACGGCAAGAGUGUCUGGAGAUUCGCUGUGGAUACUACCAUACUAUAGUCCUGUGUAGUGGAGCGCAUUUGUUCGCGUUUGGUCGUAAUGACUACGGACAACUGGGUCUGGGUCGGUCGAAUGCGAGUUCGACCGCUAAUCUUCAGCUACAGCAACAGAGAUUCUCGAACGCAAGGUUAAUUGAGGAGUUGGAAGGUAAAGAUAUUGUCCGAUUCGCUUGUGGAUGUUACCAUACAAUUGCUGUAUCGGAUAAUGGAGUCAUGUACGUUUUCGGUCGAAAUAACCACGGACAACUCGGAACUGGCGACACAAAUGAACGAGUGUAUCCCUUCCCUAUUGAUGACUUUGUAGGCAAAAGAGUGGCGCUAGUUGCAGCGGGUUUUUACCAUACAAUUGUGCUGACGGGAGGAAGAGAAGACGACAAGAACGAUCAAGACUCGGGCAAUGAAAAGGAAGAUAUGAGUUCUUCUAAUGGGAUCACACAUACGACGAUCCUUUCAUCACCUUUAGUUCAGGAACUCCUAGACCCUGGACGUCCAGGGUUCAAUGGUCUUGAUGCCGGAGCUGAAGUGCCAGCAAUUGACCCAAUUGAUGAUGAUUUCCGCGAUGAAGACAGGCGAAAUUUAAGCCCCAGUAGACCUCAGACGGACUCUGCGGAUGCGCUUUUAGUCGCAGUUGUAAUUCUGGCGCAGCUGGAUAGAUUAAGCCAGCCGUUCAUACCGAAACCAGGAAGUUAUUCCGCGUUACAACACCCUUCAAUGGGUGUCAUUGAAGCGCUUACUACGUCUACCACCGCACCAAAUUCUUCGUUCGACGCGAGUUUUGCAUUUGACGGGAGUUUCGAGUCAUUUGCGAUUCACAAUUGCAGCGCUACGUUUGAAAGCCUCGCAGUUCUGUUAAAACAUCUCAGCACGAAGAAGAUCGAGGUUUCUUCUCAACUUGCCUCUUGUUUAGCGCCUCAAUCCGCUACUCCAAGACGAACAACACUUCAGAUGUAUAUGAUGCUCGCUUCCAUGCGAAUCCUGCAAGCGAAUCUAUCGCAGUUUCUACGAUCUGGCAUGGCAAAGGCAGUUAUCUUACUCUCUCCAGACACAAAUUCAAGUAAUGUUAUGUCCUGGGCAAAGGAACUGGAACGUAUUCGAGUGGCAAUUCUACAAGUUCGCGACGUUUUAUUGUCGUUAGUGGACAUUAAACAUCGACGAAAUGUCUGCAACGUUCUCGAAAGCUCACCAAACGAAGGGGAAAAUGCAACUAGAAUCGCUGAAGAAGCUACAGCAACAUUGAUGCAAGGGUUCGAGCUGUUCUUCCCGUGUCAAUGUCUUCAGCGUCAGUUCUGUAUGCACGUGAUGCGUGAACUCCCACGAGACAAUCCGGAACAUUCGUGCGGACUACUUUGUCGCCGUGACUUGUGGCUAAUUGAUACGCUACCAAAGUCUAAAACGCUGUUACUUGAACCGCUUUUAAGGCGAAUGACUGAAGAUCAGCUGAUCAUCCGGUUCCUGCCAUUGAUAUCCGCUGUAUUUCAACCUGAUCAACUAGUUCCGCAAGAAACAGAAGAUGUUAGAACGUCGUUAGUAACCGAAGUGUAUCAACUUCUACUUGAACGUGUAGCUGCUGAUUACUCAAGACGUCUAGGAGAUGUAGUAGUUCGGCAAUUGGAUAGUAAUCCACGCCCAGAUUCGACCUUGCGGGCGCUCUUUGAUACUCUCGGAGCACUGCAGAAGCAUCUCUCCAGUUGGGCUGCAAGUGUUCAUGAAUGGACUUUAAAGGAAGACUCAUUGGCUUAUAGUGUUGUUGGUAUUGAAGAGACAAUUGCUGCUGUGGUCGAUCGAGUUUUUCGAGUGGAUGAACAAGAUUUGGAUCGAGUUCCAGUGUCUUGGCGUUGCUUUAUUGAGUUCGGAUUGGCAGCUUUAGGACAGUGUUGCGAAGUGCUUGGCCAAGUAAUUUCAACGGAGGCAAUGCCUAGUCCGUCUCACGGGUACGAAAGUGUUGAAUUGGGGGGUGAUUCUUUGCAAAAUAAAAUACUGGAGACGGUCGAACAUUCGAUUGUUGGUCAAUUUUUACCACUGUUAGUGGUCAGUUUGUUCGAGUUCAGCAACAAUUCUCUGUUUGCUGCAACUUUGUUGCCUACUUUGAAGAAUCUGUUGCGGCUAUUGGACGGGUUUAAUCAGCAAGACAGCGCCGUUCAUCACGCAGAGAAGGUUUUUAUCGAAAAUGAGGCUUCUUCAAUAAAUUCUCGACUUCCAGAGAAAGAAAGUAACGUUACUGGUAAUUUUCAACGCAAGAGCGUGGGUAAUUUACUUACCGCUCGAGUAGAGGAUACAACUGGAAGAAAAGGAGCGACGGCAUCCGAUGUCACGGCUUUGCCCUGGCACUAUCGAUUGGAAAAGGAACUGGCUGUACUUGCAGCUGAGAUGGCAGUGACGCUUAUAAUCGGUGACCCGUAUUUUACUUACGAAGGUGAAUAUGGCAGCUCUAAACUUUCAAAGCGUUGGCUGACGAGCCCAUUGUUUCGAGGAGGAUUAAACUCGAAGUAUUUAACGCAAAGUAUCAAUCAUACGAGCACAACACGGUCCGAACACAGUCAAGUCGUUCAGCAUACACCAUUCCCAGCAGCAAUUUCUCCACUUGGGUUAAAUACUCAACCGUUCUCGCUCAUUCUUCCUCCACCUUCUGACAACGAAGAUACAAUCCCAAUAUGGCAGCUACCUACUGAUAAAAAUUACGGAGAAAUAUUUCGUCCCGACUCCGUUCGAAGAUUUCUAUCCUCGCUUCAAGAAAAUGAUUCAUUAGCGUCGAAGCUGUGUGACUGGGUUCGAGAUUGCUAUGCUAAGAAAGACCCGUCAUAUCGAAUGAUCAUUCGCCAGUCUCAACUCUCUAAGGCUUCUAUUCACUCGGAAAAUGAUACUCGGAUAGAGACAGCAUGUUUUGCAGCUCUUCUUCAUCACAAUAUGCUUGGUAUCCAGGCCUAUCAUUUCGCUUUGGGACUUGGAUCGAGAACGGAAAAUCGAUCCCCACCACGAAGUUUCGUCAGUUUGUGGCAGUGCGUUGCUCAGUUACGACGACGCGUGGCUGCUAAGAAGACGGAGAUCAAGAAUUUGCCUCAAAAAGACUCAGAUUUAAGCUCUUUGGAUCGGAUUUCUGCUCUUCAGCAGACGAUUCUGGAUCGGUGUAAACUUCUGCUAUUUCUAAAUAUCCACGAAGAGCAAGAACACUUGAAUCUCCAGUUGGAUGCAGGCUACAUCGCCUCCUACGACCCCGCAUUUCUAGUAUCUGCCAGCUCGACAUUUAACUUCUCUGCUUCGUCAGCUAAACGCCAUCUUCACGCAACAUACACAGACGAAAAACUACCUUUCCUGGUGGCUUUUUCAUCGUCGAAAUGGAGAAAAAUACGUACGAUACUACACACAAUUAUCCGGUGGAAAUCCCAAGCGACAGAGUUCCAGCUACACCCUUCAAAUCACAUUUCUCAAGACGUUCUGGCUUAUAUUUUGUCGGACGAGUUGGUGUCUUCCACCCGUGCCAUUAAAAAUCUAUUGGUCGAUCCUUGUAGACGUGUCAGUUGCUCUGUUCGAGGACUAGAAACACUGUGGGAACUCCUCACUUUGGUCUCGUUUGAUUCAAUUCAAACCGACAUCGUCCAUCAGGUCUCACAGGUUUUUGUAUUCCAGUCCAAAACAUCGAUUCUAGCGAGAUCUCACAGUGUUGGAUACUUUUACUCCAGUCUCCAGAAUGAAACUUUUUCGGAGUUUAUUGGACAAUUGACUCAGUUGAUGACUGACAAGGCUGCAAAGCUGAUGGAACCGGGAGAAACGGAUGCUAGUUGCACAUUCUGGAUCGUAAUUGUGUUGCUUAGUGCGUGGGGGAUCCACUUCGAUGCCGAACAAUUCGAAUUUGUGAGUGACAUUGGAAUUCUUCGAGUUAUUCAAGAAAUGACGCAGACUAUUUCCACUAAUACUUGUGACCUAAACAGUGAAGGUACGGUAUCGAAGGACAGUAUUGUGGGUAGAAGCGGAGGUUUGAAUCCUUCUCAACUGACCAUGCAAAAGCAGCUCGUUCGAUUAGAGGACACGUUGUGGAUUUUGUUUAGGUACAUUUGUGUGCACUUCGCAGUACAAAAUUCAUCAAGUGGAGGGGAUAUCUACGCACCCACGUUCCCAGUUUUAUCAGGUGUUACACAGUUAUUGUUCAGUGAAGCAUCAUCGAUCUCAAAGAGAUUCCUGCCUCUACUAGUGGCUGAGGAUAGUACGAAGCAGAUAGAAGAUGCUCCUGCUAUCCCUGUAGCAGUUCGAAGAAGUUUUGAGGUUGUUACGCUGCCACAACGAUUUUCUGCUCAGAGUAAAGGAGCCACUUGUACCUACGACGAAAUGAUCUCUCCUUCUGAGUCUGAGCCCACAACACCUAUGUCUCCUUUGCUUAAGCCGAACGAAUUCAGUAUUACUACGUGGCUUUAUAUCAACAGCCAGUCAACUUCACAUUCACGAAUGGAUAAUAACCUAUUUGACGUGUCUAACGAUCUCCAAGACCGUCAAUUGGUUUGUAUUCGUGCUGCUGGGCGCGAGAUAUCGCUGUAUCUACUGCUGGUGCCUGAAAGUGUCGACAAUUGGCAAUUGGAAGUGGGGAUUCUCAUGGAUAUAGACAGAGAAGGAGACGCAGGAGAACUCCCUAUUAAGGGUCGAAUGUGGGAGCGAAUGGUGUCGAAACAAGUUGUACCAGGCGGGAAAUGGAUCCACGUUGCGAUAGUGCUAGAAGCUGUAAAACUUCGACUCUAUCUGAAUGGCAUUCUCGACUGUCAACGUUCAUUUACUGCUCAAAGCACGGCUAUAUGGGCGGCUGGGAAGGUCGAUCUUCCUAUUCAUUUUGGUCGAUUUCCAACGAGUCAAACCAACGCUUCAGUCUCUUCGGCUAUUGGGUUCUUGUCACGCUCGUUUGGGAUAAAAGGUUCUAGCUGGGAUCCUGGAAUGAAUAAUAAUCUGGAACAGAAAGGAGGUUUCCGGUGCUUUGAUGGCUGGUUGGGCCACUUCCGCUUCCACAAUCGCUCGCUGUCUCCUAUCCACGUUCGAAUUGUAUUCGACGAGAAGAGAUCUCCUUCUGGACUAUCGUCGGAUGUAAACGAUCAUUCGAAAGUCUUGGAGCUUCAUGCUUUACUAAUUCUACUCUGUUCUUCAUCUGAAGGAAUUGUUCACUUUAGUUCUCAAUUUUCAGAUUGGAUGAAGUUGAUUUGGGGGACUUUUCUGGGUACCAACUUAGCGGUUGUGCAGCAGUCAGCGUUACGUGUAUUGUGCGCUUUACUGCCUCUUCAACACCCGCACGAUGCAUCCAAAGCGUUAGUUCAAGACGAGAAGAUAGAGAAUCUUGGAUUUUACUCUAUCGAAGAUAUUUUCGUGCACCAAGUGGUCAGGAUGAUCGGAUUCUGCUUAACUAAAUGCCUUCAAAGUUCAUUAGACGACAGCAAUGCUACUGUAGUACCGUGGACGCUGAUGGUUGCUCGAGGAAUCCACGGUAACCAUUUUUCUCUUGAUAUUCAAGACAAUACAAACCAACAAACGGAUCUAGAAAAUGACGUAGAGAUCCGAUACCAGUCGUCCAAGCGGCAGAGUUUGAUGUUGGCAAACGAACUUAACCAGCUUCUACAGCAGCUAUUCAGGUGUUCGAAUGAUACUUGGAGUCAGAGUAUCAUCAGAGUGACUUCAAAUAUCGCCCAGAACUUCUCGAAUUCUCCAACCUCCGAGCCUGAAGUUCGUGUUCUUCAGUUUGGAAAGCACACACUUCAGCUCGCUAUUGUCAAGUGUGUGGAAUCUGUAGGAUGCUUUUAUUUUCUUGCUGGAGGAGUGGAGUUCUUGCGACCAGGGAUGACUGUGGAAAUGAGAGGAUCAAGAGAUUUUGCCCAGGUGCUCUCACUUGAGUAUCAUGCUUCUAGAUCAUCUCAAAAUCCCCCUGAGACUCCGUCAGAUACCAAAUCUCCACAAAUUGAUACGCUAGCUUACGUCCACAUUGACAGCAGGUCAGAGAUUCAAGGAGGACUAAAAAAUGGCUACGAAUCAACCUGGUAUGAGAGAGUUUUCAGUUCGAAUGUAGCAAAUAAUUCGUCGUAUUCGAAGGUGAAUAUUGACGAACUUAAUCCGGUUGAAGUAACCAAUCUCAAUUGGAAUGAUGAAGCGAAUCGGGGUGCUAUCUACGACCUCAGCUUUAACCGUUAUGACCAUAAAGUAUUUAACGUGUUAGUGGGGAAGGCAGCUGAGGUGGUUCCUGUUGUCUAUGGCGCUGAACGUACCGGAGUAUUGGAUAGUGACUUGAUCUCCUUGAACGUUGGCUGUUUGUUACUGAAGAUUCUAGUGCAAAUAGCUGGAAGUGGUGCUGGAGUCGACGAAUUAUUAUCUAAACGAACGCUGAUUGAGGCUAUUACGGAGCUAGCUGUAAGCCAAAAUGGCAAUACUGAGUACGAAACGCUUUACAACGUCGAAAAGCGAGUGAGCGCUUUGCGUCGAGAAGUUUACACAGCAUUAGUUGAGCUUGGUAAAGAAGGAGAGGCGGAACUGGCGACUGUUUUUGAGUCAAAACGAGGUGUUUCAUCUGCUCAAAGUGAGAAUAUGGCUUCUCUGGAUGGAGGAGAGCUGGGGUUUAACACGUCGAGAGAUACAGGACAUCGGAGUUUAUUACAAACCCCAACGGAUAUAAUGCCUUUAAAUGACGGUAAUUUAUCUGAUGGAGAAGAUGAACCUGCUAACGAGAAUUGGGAUCCUACUCAGGGUGAAGACCAAGACGACGACGAAGAAGAAGAGGACGAGAGCCUAGAAGAUGGCGACAAUGAUGAGGACGAUGAAGAGGACGCAGAAGAAUCUCGAGCUGAGUUUGUGGAGGAAUUGAUGUUGAUGGGGUUUCCCGAAGAUUGGUGCGUUUUAGCGCUGAAACAAACUGAGAAUGACAUUGUGAAUGCAUCGGCCUGGAUUGUUGAUAAUCUGGAAUAUCUGAGCAAGUUACAGUCAACAUUGGACAAGGAACGCGACAAGGGUCGAGAUUCCCCUCGCUUCGAUGCAGAAGAGGACGACGUCAUGCCUCCAGAUGAUGCACCAAACGGUAAUAUCGAUGCAGUCCCAUUGAAUCCGUCCAUCACUUCGACAAAGAGCGACUUUGGUUCGAAGGGCAAGUGCGAUAGCGGUGUACCCCCGCUGAACGAUAAAGAAAUGGGGCGAAAACUAUUUGCUGAGAUGUAUUUUCCUUUCGAAGAUGGAGGAUUUCUCUCCAAUACCAAGUCGCGGUUUAUGAAAUCAUGGAGAGAUGAUACCAUAGAAAUGAAAGCAAAGGCAGCGUCCUCUUCCCAGCCCAUUGUCGAUAAUAAGCCUGAUGCUUCACGCUCACCAUUUGAGGAGGAUUUCCAGAAAGAAAUUAACCAGCUGGACCUUAAAGGGAUCGUCCAACAACUCCGAGAUUUCGAGAAGACCUUGUCGAUUAUGUAUGCUCGUCAGUGCUUGGUCACGCUACUGAAUCAAGCAAGUUCUUCGAGACUUGUGCCACAUUUGAUCACUUACGAGCAAUGGUUUAAGCUGCUCAAAGUCGUUCUACUUCGUGGCGAUCAAUUUGCAAUAACUUCGAAAAAUAUUUCGACAAUGAGGCUUCAGAAAUUAUCCGUGGAUGAGGCGUUUUCAAAAGCGUUUAGAUACUUUAUCGACCAUGACGGGGCUAGUGUGGCGUCAGCAGCGUUUGAGUUUUGUCUUGAGGAGCUGGAAACUGCUGCGUCCGGUAAAGCUUAUGAAGCGGUUCUGUGGACUCAAAGGGAGCUCUAUCGACCAGAUAGAACUGUACUGGAAGAACCGGGAAUUGAGGUCGUUAUUUGGCUUCUAGAUGCACUACUGGCUGUUCCAACACGCUCGUCGUUGUCUAUUUCUACUGAUUUCGGUAAAACAAUUUUACGUCGCCUGCGAUGUUGUCUGGGUACGACGAAUCUGCCACUGAAGUUUGUAGUACUGCGGACUAUCAGCAGACUAUUGAAAGUCGUGGAAAGUAUCGAUAAAAACGUGGUAAAUGAGUCUCAAUUGGUUCUCCAGGAGUUCUUAAAUGCAGCAAUCAUACGGCACAGUCGUGAGUUGAGUCAAGGUCGACUCCUAUUCUCGCAGUAUCUCCAGGGAUACAUCGAACUUCUUCACGUUUUACAGGGGUUUAGUGGCUUUAGUGACUUGAACAUCAGUCGAACUCUAACGAAUGCUGCAGCUACGCAAGACCACAGCACUAAAACUGAGGGUUUCUCGCUGUGUUUCGACCGUAAACGAAGCCGCAGUAGCUUGUUAUCCUUUGCCGAAGAUAAUCUCAGUGUGUCGUACUCUGGGAAUGAGGUUUGGAAAGCAGCGUGCGCUGUUACGAGCUUCUCGACUGGAGUUCAUUCGUGGAUGGUCCGUAUAGAGAAAUCCAGUUCUCCUUAUCUCUUUGUAGGCAUCGCUACUCGACAAGCGAACUUGGAUUCAUUCCUUGGCGCAGACGAUCAAUCUUGGGGAUUCAUUGGUGAUAAAGCACUUUACUACCAACGCAAUAGAGUACGAGCGUAUGGCGAGACUUUCACUGAAGGUGACUGUAUCGGUUUACGCUUGGAUUGCGAGAAAGGGGAACUAUCUUUUAGUAAAAAUGGUGUUGACUUGGGUGUGGCGUUCGAUAAUAUCGUAGGAGAAGUAUGUCCUGCUGUCGCCUUCUACUCUAGACACCAGAAGAUCUCCUUUGUAAAGGAUAGCUGUACUAGUUUGUCUAAUAUCUCUUCAACUGGUGAGGAGGAGAGCGCUAGUGUUGAGGAUUGCUUAAUCGCCUGCGAGAUUAUUUCCAACUGGGUGGCAAAUAGACCCAUGCGUGGUGAAAUGUCCGCUGCUGCGUUAAAAAUGACUGCAGAAUGGAUCACUGGGUCGAUGAAAUACGUCACUACGCGAUCAGGAAAGUCACUUUGGGUGGAUGUCACGCGUGGAAAGUGUGAACAAUUUGGAUUUUAUUCUGAUGACAAAGUUCGCACACCUCGUGGGAUUGGAGUUGUAGUGGGGGUAACAGGUGGGCGGAUCUGGGUGGAGGUCGACAACGAACCUGGAGCGUGGUUUUUCCAUCCGUCAAAGCUACGCUUAGUGCCGAGUUCAACCACGAACGCUUUAUCCAUUUCUACAACUUCCUCAACAACCGAAAAUGCUCCAAAACCCACCGAAAAUGGCUCAAAAGUGGACAAGGAAGGUCAAUUGCCACAGUUCACUCUUUCUGCCGAAGAACUGGUUGAGUUUGGGGAGCACUCGGUGUGGAACAUUGCAGUGGAUCGUGAGUUUUUGAGUGUGAUUAACGAUUUCUGCGAGGUGUCACGAAUAAGUCCGUGGAAUUUGACACCUACUCAGCUUCUCAAAACUAUCAAAGAGAAGGCUGCUGUUUUGGAGCUUACGUCCGUAGCUAACGUACUUGCAAUGCCGAUAGAGAAACUUGAGAAGAUGCUAGUCGCACGGUUUGCGCUUCUUCGGUUUUGCAACAUGUAUAUUAGUCGUGCUUUACCGUUCUUCGACUUGACAUGGCACUACUUUUUACCGGAUUCGAACUCGCUGCCGUGUCGGCUGGUGUCACAAUGUCGUGGUAGUCUGUUUGUCUGUGUGAAAAAUUCACUUUGGACGGCGUUGAUGGAGAGAACUGCUAAUUCGCCAAAGAAAUCCGACGACGAGUAUGAUUAUCCAGAAGAUUUACCUCAGCUUCGGGUUAACCGGUUAAAGGCAGCAGCCGCAAAGUGCCACGAGGGAACAGUGAGCAGCUUGUUCCUGUCACUCUUCGGUCAGGCUUUCGAAGAGCUUCAUUUCUUACCACUUAGAACGCUACGUAUGGUCUACUCACACCCAAUGGAUGAUGGCCAAUUACGGAGUUUUAAGGUAAAAUUUGAGGGUGAAGGUGUGGAUGACUAUGGCGGUCCGUAUCGAGAGUUCUUUUCGCAAUUCUUCGCUGAAUUACAGAUGCUGCACGUACCAGAAAAUGAAGAUAAUACCAACGCAAGUUCGGAUCAUUCUUCUAAUGGAGGGCCAAGCAGUACGUCGUUGAAACUGGACCCUAAUGUAUCGGUAUCAGCUUGUGUCCUGCCCUUCCUUAUGCCAAGUCCGAAUUGGCGGAAUGGAGUCGGAGCCAACCGUGAAAAAUUCGUGCUUAAUGGGGCUCUUGUUAGUCGUCAAACUGAUGACAAGAAGGCAUCGUUUUCAACUGAGGAAAGUGCAGAAGAGAAACGUCAACUCUAUUGUGAAAUGUUUUACUUCUUCGGUCAGAUGAUCGGCAUUUGUCUCCGGACUCGAGUGUGCGUUCGCCUCGAUCUAGCGAUGUCAGUGUGGAAACAACUCGUGGCUGAAGAUGAAUCGAGCCCGGAGAGUGCAUUAGAAACACUAAAAGAGAUCGAUUUCGUCGCGUAUUCAUUGUGGAAGACGCUGAACGGCAUUUUAGAUGAGUUUAAACGUCUAAAUUCCAAGCAGUGCGAGUUAGAGGAACAACUGGAAGCAAUGGAUUUGGUUUUUACGACUGUAUUAUCAGAUGGACGAACCAUUGAGCUUUGCGAAGAUGGAGCCAAUACCGCUGUGGUUUUAACUAAUCUGGAAGAAUACGUAGAUUCUAUGCUUCGAGCACGGAUCCAAGAAACUCAAGAGGUGAUGAAUAUAGUAAAACAGGGACUUCAUUCCAUCAUGCCGGUCUCUGCAUUGGCACUUUUGACGUGGAAUGAGCUCGAGAAACGCAUGUGUGGCGUUGCAGAAGUGGACGUGAAGCUGUUGCAGACUAAUACCGAGUACGACGAAGAUUUGUCUCCUAAUGAUGAGUUUAUUCAGAGGUUUUGGCGCGUGCUGGAAAGUCUCGAACCGGAGGACAAACGAGCGUUUCUGCGGUUUGUAUGGGCUCGUUCACGUUUGCCUUUGGGCUCGGCACAGUUCCACCAAAAAUUUAAGAUCCAAGCUCUCGCAUCUUCGGGUAAUGGGGAUGGGAAUAGUUCAUCGUCAAGUACUAGUGGAGGGUGGAUGGACUCGCAGAUGCCAAAGUCUCAUACGUGUUUCUUCGCACUUCAACUGCCACGAUAUUCCAGUGACGACAUCUGUCGCGAACGACUUUUGUAUGCAGUACGCAACUGUGUCGAAAUGGAUGGAGACUUCCGUCUCGCUGACACGGAAAUGACAGGCUGGACGGGCAUCAGCCCUACAGAUCAGCUACGCAUUUGA